CAUAUCUGAUCAAUUAGAGCAACAUAUACUACUCUAGGGCUGAACAGAGGGUACAGUAAAACGCGAGCCUUUUGAAACAGUAGUACAACAAACUUAACGGUCAAUGAUUGGCCGUAGACUAAUUGGCCAAUGAAAUUUGCACCAGUUUCCAAUAUUAAGUUUUUCCUCUCCCUCCUAGGAUUAUCAUAUUUUCACAUUUUCUAUUUUGUUAACGCUUUUCUCAUCAUCUCAUAAAAAUGUCUACUGAUUCUAAAGACGGUUCUGGCUCUGCUAUUGAUGGCCCUAAACAAUUUAUUAAAGAUGGAGUUCAGUUCAUCAACCGUUGUAAAAAACCUGAUCAACAAGAAUAUUUUAAGAUUGUGCAAGCUGUAGCAAUGGGUUUUGCUGCUCUUGGUGCUCUUGGCUAUUUUGUUAAGUUGAUUCAUAUUCCUAUCAACAACAUUCUCGUCGGCGGUGCUUAGAAGGUUCAGACUUUUCUUCAUGCUUUGGACUUGAUUGUACAUAUAUUACACAUAAUGGAAGAAAAUAAUUCUUGAAGUCAACAGGGAUACUCUACCGUGCUUCAGCUAUACUGUUAUUUAGGAGCUUAUCUUUAAUAAAGCAGAUAAAAUUAAUUUCCCAAGUUUGGUAAAGUUUUGUUUGGUAUGGGAGCGUGUAAUGUUGUUCUUAGAAAUGCACAAUUCUUAGUUUAUCAACA